GUGCAAGGAAACUCGGAAAACUUAAUUUAUUAGAAGAUUAUCCAAGAAAAAGCCAGAAAAAUGAUGAAAUACGAAGCUGAGGAAGAGCUGGCGGAUAAAUCAGCGUGUGCUGGUGUCCGGGCUGAUUUGAAAAUGUGUCUCCUGGAGAGUGAUUGCUGUAGAAAGGAGAAGAAAACCCCCCGAGAGUGUCUCAAUAGAACAGAUGGAAGUGUUCCAGUUGAAUGUCAAGCUCUGCGGAAUACAUUUUUCGAGUGCAAGAGAAGCAUUCUGGACAACAGGGCACGAUUCCGGGGGCGGAAAGGAUAUUGAAAUUCAGAUUUUAAAAUAUUUUGUAGGUUAGGGACUAUCCAGGGAAUCUGUGGGCAAUCCAGGAGAUUUUCAGCAUUAAAUUUUGUUAAAUAGAUGAA